AUGACCGAUUUCCUAAUGAACGAUAUCUUGAGAUCAUUUAGAAAGAUGCGCAUGAACAAGACCUCGAGUCAGCACAGCACUCCGUCUAGUCUCCAUCAGACGCAACGCCAACCCCCCCAAAAUCUGCUUAACUAUCAGCAGCUAUUGCAACAACAAUUGCAACAAGACUAUCAGCCGGUGGCGCAGCAAACGAAAGACUUGAAAAAAAUCAUCAAGAUUAUCAAAAAGAAUGUUAUCAAGCAGAAAAUAACGCGAAAAAUGAAAAUCGUCGUCUGA